CAGCACAACCACAUUCUAAUGGCUACUUCACUUCAAAAUUUGGUACCACCAUUUUCUUGCCGGCGUACGACCUAUACAUCUCCUUGUACACCUAUCGCCAUUUUCCGAGGAGGGAGAAGAAGAAAUGCAAGAAAGAUGUUGAGGGUCUGUAGAGCUAUGGUUGAGAAGACAGUACAAGGGGCUUCUUCUACUUUUGCUAAGGAAAUGGAAAGGCUUUCAGCUAAAGAGUCUCUGCUUCUUGCAUUCAAAGAUGCUGGUGGAUUUGAAGCAUUGGUCACUGGGAAGACAACAGAUGUACAAUGCAUUGAUGUGAAUGAGAGGAUUAUUAGUCUCGAGAAGCUCAAUCCGACGCCUCGUCCCUCAACGUCUCCCAAUUUGGAAGGACGAUGGAAUUUUGAGUGGUUUGGAGCUGGUAGCCCAGUUCUUCUUCUUGCCAAAAUAUUUUUUGGGAGAAUUCCUCCAACAUUGGCAAAUUUAUCAAAAUUGGAUGUGUUGAUCAAGGAUGGAUGUGGGACUGCUACCGCACAAGUCAAAAUACUAAAUUCGAUUGAGAAUAAAUUUAUCAUCUCCACCAAGUAUAGUGUUGAAGGGCCUCUUCGUAUGAAAGAAGAGUAUGUUGAAGGGGAAUUUGAAUCUCCAAAAGUCGAUGAGGAAGCUGUACCUGAACAACUAAGAGGUGCUUUUGGCCAGGCAUUUAAUACUCUGCAACAACUUCCUGUCCCCAUUAGAGAUGCUGUGUCCAGUGGCAUGAAAGUUUCUCUAAGCGGGACCUUUCAGAGACUUAUUCUGAUUUCCUACCUUGAUGACGAGAUCCUGAUCAUAAGGAAUACUGCAGGAGAACCUGAGGUUCUAACAAGGUUGGAAGCAGGACCUGAUCCGCAAAAUAUAACCGAAUAUGAGAGUUAAGUGACUGUAGGCACAUUUUGCAUGAAAAAAAAAACAACUUUGUUUUUACUAUUAGUUCAUAUUUCUAUGUAACAUAAGAUAAAUAAUACAUUGGCAAUAUCUCUCAUUGUGUAAUCCCACAUCGAUGAGCAACGAACAUGAGCUGACCCCAUUAUUGGUAAAAACUUGCCGUGGUUUUGUGAAUGA